GAAGUUUUGAGCUUGUAAAAUGGAGUCAUUUCUCCUCACCGCUGCUCCAGAAGUUGGGAAAUUGAUAGCCGCUUCUUGUGAUGGGUAUCCUCAAAAUCGAAACUUUCAUUCCAAUUCCAAUUCAGCAAAAGUGAAUCUUCAUCCUUCUUCUUUGUCUCUUCCAUUUUACUCUAGAAAGUUGAGAUUCUCCUCCCUGAUAGCGGCUGCAAAUAAGAAGAAGAAGGCCGACACCCACAGCUUCGUUCCAAGACCAGACGAAGCCACUGGUCCUUUUCCUGAAGCUAUCCUCCUUAAAGAGGCGACGGUUAAAGAAGAUGGUAGGCUUCUGCCCGAGUUUGCAGAUGCUGAAGAACGAGCACUUUUUGAAUCUUUAAAUCUUCGGCUGGAGAGCGAUUUGAAUGUGGAAAGAAUGCGGCACUACGAGGUUGUAUACUUGAUUCACGAAGAUCACAAGGAAGAGGUAGAGAGUGUGAAUAUGAUGGUUCGAGAAUUUUUGGAGGAGAAGAAAGGAAAGGUAUGGAGAUUCAGUGACUGGGGUAUGCGAAGAUUGGCCUACAAGAUACAAAAAGCAAGCAAUGCUCACUAUAUUUUGAUGAAUUUUGAAAUGGAAGCCAAAUGGAUUAAUGAUUUCAAGAACUUGCUUGACAAAGAUGAGAGAGUCAUUCGACAUCUUGUCAUGAAGAAAGACAAGGCAGAAACAGAGGAUUGUCCUCCUCCUCCUGAAUACCAUUCACUGUGUGCUGGUGAUGAUGAUGAUGAUGAUGAUGAUGAUGAGGAGGAGGAGGAGGACGACAUGGAUUAUGAUGAUGAAGAUGAAUGGGAUGAUGAUGAGGUUGAGGCUGAGCUAGAAAUGUAUGAUGAUGAUGAUGAUGGUGUUAUUUAUGUGGAUGAUGAAGAAGAAGAAGAAGAUGAUAACAGGAAACAUAGAGAUAAUAAGCCCCCAACUAUUCCAAGGCCAGAGAGAAGGAAAAUGCAAGUGUAGGUUGUUGUAUCUAUAAUCUUCUAUUAUUCUAAGUAUGUAGUAGCUUAGCUCCGCUUAUCUUAUGGUUGCUGCUUUAUUUUGGGAAGAAAUAUGCUGCGAGUGGUGAAAUUAGGCGAAUUUGUGUACACUUUGAAUGUAUUGUCCAAUCCAUUACCAUUACCAUUACCAUUAACAUUGGAGUUAAGAUCUUGACAUUA